CAGCAGCCCACACAGCACAGGAAUAUACAGUAAACAGAACCGUCAUCAAAAUGCAGAGAAAGAUUUAGGACAUAUUUAAGAGAAAAGGGAGUCCAACUCUGAAGUUAGAGAUGAAGAAAAGAGGGAGGAAGCAGCAGCAGAACCAAAAAGAGGGGUCUUACAAUUGAGAAGAAAUCAGAGGAAGAAAGUUGCUAUACAUUCGUGAACAUCAACCCACCCGGCCAGAUGUCCACUCCUAACCCCCAACUAUCCAUCAGCCAGCAAAGAAUCAUCUGCUCUCAUCUGGGAGGUGUCAGACUGAAUCUGCUCUACAAGGCCAGCGUCCACGGUUUCACUGCGGAAGACUUCCACGAGCAAUGUGACAACCUGGCUCCCACCGUGUCAGUGGGUUACAAUGCCUCAGGUUACGUGUUUGGAGGCUACACGAGACGACCUUUCUGCCAGUCUGGAGAGUACGUGAAUGAUGAUCAAGCCUUCCUCUUCACUUUCAGUGGAGCAAAGCUCUGCACGUUUCCACCUUCUAAUGCUGCAUGUGCAGUAAAAAUGGAUAGUGAUUCUGGUCCUUAUUUUGGAGAAGCUUUGGUUCUUGUCAAUGAAAGCAAACCUGUAGUGUACAGCGAUCCGAGAGGAGGUUAUUAUCCAUUCAAUCCUGUGAAAAUGCAUGGCAACGACCUGGACCUGACUGAGUGUGAAGUCUACCAGCUGGAGGAGACCACUGAACUCGAGAAACCAUGGAGGACUGUAAUCUGGGAAUCUGAGAAGAGGAAGAAGCUGAUGGAGAGCAUUAAAGCCUACCAACCAACUACUAGUUCUGUGUCUCAUGCUCAGAUUUUACUUAUUGGACCGGUUGGAGCCGGAAAGUCCAGCUUUUCUAACUCCGUCAAAUCUGUAUUCAGAGGCUACGUCACCAACCAGGCCACAUCUGGCUCUUCAACCACCAGCCUGACAACACAGUUUCGCAGCUACUCUGUGUGGGCUGGACGAGGAGGAAAUCUUCUGCCAAUCAUUCUGCGUGACACCACGGGAUUGGAGGAAAGUACAGGGGCGGGGCUUGAUUUAGACGACAUCAGCAGCAUCAUUCUCAAAGAUCAUCGGCCUGCCAAGGCCUCUCUGUACUGGGACGAUCACAAAGACAAGAUUCACUGUGUGGUUUACGCCAUCGAUGCCUGCAAGAUCUCCACCAUGACUCCACAGCUGCAGAAGAAGAUGGUUGCCAUCCGCAAGAAGGUCAACUUGAUGGGGAUUCCUCAGCUGGUGUUGCUCACCAAAAUAGACGAAGCCUGCCCUUUGGUGAAGGAGGAUUUAAGAAACGUCUACAAAAGUGGCUACAUCAAAGAUCUGAUGGAGGAGGUCAGUUCUCGGCUCGGCAUGCCGAUGUCCUGCGUUGUACCAGUGAAGAACUACAGCGAAGAGUUGGAGCUGGACAUGAACUGCGACAUCCUGCUGCUCAGCGCCAUCACACAGAUGCUUCGAUCUGUUAAUACCUACUUGGAUGAGUUUCAAGAGUAGGGGAUUUGUGAUAACACUUCCCUUAGAAACAUCGCAGAGAAGCAGUUUCAGGAGAAACUCAUUGAAUAUCACAUGUCCACUUCUCAGUAUGUUCAUGUUCCAACAUUGCAUAUGUCUUCCUUUACCAUAUAAUCACGCCAUAAAUGUAAAAUUGUUAAUUGUUUAGUAUUGAUCACUUUUAUACUACAGCAUGUUGUCUUGCUUUCUGCUCACCUCAACUAGUAAUGUAACUUUUUUCCUGCCAAGAAAUCAAGUUAAACUUAACCCCUUUAAAGGCUAAAGACGAUCACCAACUAGGACCACAAUGCAUCUGUGUUUCCAGGAUUUCCUUCAUCAUGCUUCAACAAAAACGUCAAGCAAAAGUCAUUUUUGUGUGUGGACAAAAUUAUUUUUUUGUGUUUCAUAAAAUAAAGUCGUUUUAUGUUAUAUUUGAAAACAUCUGCUGCUCACCUUAA